AAUUAUUUACUUGGCCUUGUUUCUUUGUAGGCAGUGAUAGAAAAUACCAGAGCAAAUGAUAUACACAAGCGAGUUCCCUUUUUAGUACCGUUUACUAGCAGGGUUAAGAUUUUCACUACACAACUAGCAGCAGCUAGGCAAAGGAAUGGAUCUCUUGCUGUUUUUGCCAGAAACCGGUUUAGAAUUCGACGAAAUCAUAUAUUGGAAGAUGCUUUCAGUCAGAUGAGUGCAUUGUCUGAAGUUGAUCUUCGAGGAUCGAUACGUGUGUCUUUUGUUAAUGAAUUUGGAGUUGAGGAGGCAGGAAUUGAUGGUGGUGGUAUUUUUAAAGAUGUCAUGGAGAACAUUACACGGGCAGCCUUUGACGUGCAGUAUGGUUUAUUUAAGCAAAUUGCUGACCAUUUGCUCUACCCCAAUCCUGGUUCGGGAAUGAUACAUGAGCAACAUCUCCAGUUUUUCCAUUUCCUCGAAGUUCUUUUGGCAAAGGUCAUGUUUGAAGGAAUUCUUGUUGAUAUACUUUUUGCAACAUUCUUCUUGAGCAAGUUAAAACAGAAGUAAGGUUUUUAAAGAUUUACUGUCUUACUGUUUUGUAUUUUGUGCUGAUCCACUAAUCGUAGUAUUGAUGGUCAUGACAAUGACUAGUUGCAAGUUACUUGAAUUUUUAGGGUUCUAAAAAUCUUACAUUUUAUUAUGGGUGCACUGCCUACUAAUGAGAUUGUCAAUUGCUAACUUCCAAAUGUUGAAUUUGGGAUUUCCAUGCUACAUUCACUUUCUUGAUCUGCAAUUACAGAGCUACUCUAUACUGGAAUAAAGUCUCAUCUGAACUGUA